UGCAAUAGUAUGAAAUGCAUACAAAGUUUUAUGAAAAGUAGAAGCAGAGAACCAGUCCGGCAAAAAUGGCGUUCACAUUUGUUGCAGCUUGUUAUAUUUUAGCUCUUAUUUUGACAGCUGUUCUUAUCUUUUUCGCAAUCUUUCAUAUAAUUGCCUUUGAUGAGUUAAAGACAGACUACAAGAAUCCUAUAGACCAGUGUAACAGCCUAAAUCCUCUGGUGUUACCAGAGUACUUCAUUCAUAUUUUCUUUACUGUUAUGUUGUUGUUUGCAAUGGAAUUCUUCACUGUGAUCCUCAAUGCCCCACUUAUAGCUUAUCAUCUUAAAAGAUAUAGUAGUAGACCAGUAAUGAGCCAGCCAGGACUGUAUGAUCCAACAACUAUAAUGAAUGCAGAUCAGUUAAAUAGAGCUAUGAGAGAGGGCUGGAUUAAACUAGCUUUCUAUCUUAUCUCGUUCUUUUAUUACUUAUACAGUAUGAUCUUUGAGUUGGUUUCGUCGUAAAUUAUUAUUGCGGGUGUGAAGCAUUGAACAAAUUAGACCCCGAGAUUAGUGUGGAAUGUUUCGAGAAAAUCAACGUUAAGUGUUGCCAAUUGUGUGAAAAUUUACCUGGAGAUUUCAGUCAUUUGAAUAAGCAUCAAAUGUUUUAUAUUGCUUGAAAUUUUGUUAAUGCCAUUUUAUUAUUAGUGCCUACUUUAAAAUUUAUAUAGAAGUGAGCUGUCAUAAGUUAUCUGAGUUAUUUGAGUUAGGCUCAAACUGGAGCUUAGCAACGUAUUUACUCUCAAAGUUAGAUUAAAGCAUAUUUUUGUAGGAAGUUCACGAAAAUGUGUUUACCAGUUAUAGAGAAUUUUGUUUUCAGCAUUCACUUGCGUCAUUUUCUUUUGAAUUUUGGAUCUUGACAAAAAGUACCAUUUCAUUGUUUAAUGAAGUCUACAGAUGCCAUUGUUGUAAAAUAAUUUGCGGUUGGGUUUUUUCUUGGAAAAUUUAGUUAACUAUUUUUACGCCUGUCGAGGUAAGACAUAAUAUCCACUGAAAUUUAACAGAUAUCUUAAGAUGAAGUAGUUAACCCUUACCACACAUUAUACCUUAAAUGGACAUUCUUCAAAAUAUAUGUACUGACUGAUCAUGGUCUGCACUUGCCACAUGGGUAGGAUCAGUUGUGGCUAGCUGUGUAGUGGUUUCUUACUUCAAACUUCUUGCCUCUCACAGCUUUGUUGCAGUGUGGAAGAAAAGAACAACGUCUCUGAUGUCUGGAAAUGGUUAAUUUUGGAAAGUAGGCUGCACUGUCCAGGUGCUGUGAAAUUAAACACAAGACUGUGAUUCCUUUCUCUUUUCCUUUAUCAGUAAAUCUUGAAAGACAUAUUAUAAAUUAACGUGGCUCCUGUGUGAAACCAGUGGAAAAAAUGUGAUUAUUACAAUAAAAAUUUUAUUGAAACCAGAUGGCUUACAAGAAUAUACAUGAUUUAGAGGUCUUUUGAUAAUUUAAAAUCAAUCAUAUUGCAUCAUACUUACAUAGUUACUACUGUAUAACAUGUGACUCAUUAUAAUAAUGAUAAGUAAAAUAGGGCUGAUAUAUAUUUAGCAAUGGCUAAAUUUCUGUCUAAAGGGACUUAGAGAAGUGUCUAGGGUAGAUAAUGGAACAGUGGAUUUGUUAACUUAAAACAAUGGUUUUAUAUGUUUAUCAAAUAUAAUGAAACCAUCCUUUAUAAAGCUGCUUUAAAUAUCAAUGCUGUAAAGCACAUAGUCACAAAUAUAUAUCUAUAUUUUAAUAAAUGCUUAAAGGUAGUAAAUUUAUUGUCUAUUUUAUCACUGUAUUCUUGUUGUAUAUUAUUUAUAUAAUGUCUAGAAAUGUGUGAAUGUUGAUAUUUUAUAAUAUUUGGUAAAUGCUUUUGUCAAAAUUGUCUGAUUUCUAUUUGUACACAAUGCAUCAUAUUUUUUUUUAAAUAAAAAAUGUCAAAAUAUUUCCAUAAGAAGGAACUGAACGCAAGUGCACUAUUUUUCAAAAAAACUGUAAUUGAAAUGUGAUAGUUUUGGAUUUGAACAAAGUUAUUUUGAUACUUUAAAAAGUAAUUAAUGAAUUAAUGACCCUUUGGUAAGCUGUAAAUUAUGUACAAUUUUAAUGAAUAUGAUUUAUAUAGUGUGAUGUGUAUAAGGUGUGUAUUUUGUUUAUUUAUACUGUACAUUUGUGAAUAUAGAGGCAAAUAUUUUACAUUUGUGGUAUAAUGUACAAAGCAUAAUAAACCACUUUAUACAUGUUCUGUUGUUGAAUCUAAGAGAACAGAAGUAAUUGUCAUGAUACUUUUUUAUAAUGGAAAUAAUAAAAAUCUUAUCAAAAUUUCAGAAGAUAAUAUGUAAAACUUUGAGAUGUUGAAAAGUUUAUGACACUACAGUUUGACUAAAUUAAAUACUAUCAAUUUCAAUAUUUUGAUACUGAAUUCUCAAAAUUAUGUACCAAAUUCAAAGCAAAGCAAACACAUUGUGUAAAAAAUGUUAGUUAGGCUGGCAUUUGUCCUGUAAAUUUCAUGUCUGUGUUUUGAAAUUUUUUACUGUUACUUACACACAAUAUACAUGUAUAUCUUUUUUGCAUGCUUCAAGGUUACCUGAUUUUGAUGGCAGAAGUUGGUCAAAGAUAUUAUAGUAUUUUGUUUAUUCUGAUAUUCUUGUUAUUUUGUAGCCACUCCAUUUUUCUGUCAAACAUUGACAUUGCAAGUUUCAAGAUCUUAAAAUAUUUCUUUAAAACAUGUUUAAAAUAGCCUUUGUGAUUUUAUUUGGAAACAUACUAUACUUGUAUGUCAGCCUUACCCAAUUAUCACUUAAAUAUAGAACAUUAUAUAAAUACACUUUAUUGCAUUUUCAUAAAUUGAUGUAUAAAUAACUUUUGAAAUUAGAUUCUUUUGAGAUGUUCCCCACAAAGCUUUAUAUAAUUUAGUCUUAAGAUAUCCCCACAAAGCUUUAUAUAAUUAAGUCUUGAGAUACACCCCUUGUUUUGGCAUGUAGCCUUUAUAAGAUUUGGCCCAUGUAGCCAAGAAGGCAAUUAACACUCUUUUUAGAGACCACUUCACAAGGUAUAUUGUUAAUAAUUACAAAAUUGUGUGCUGCAAUUUUAAAAUUGACGUUUUAUGUCAGUAAUAUUAUGUUUUUGAUGUUGAAAGUUAUUGAAACUUUUAUGUGAAAACAGAGGCAGUAUGCCAAAAAUACAUUUUGGAGAAAGAUAGAGAUUUUAUCUACAUUUCAGACUUUUAAAUAUAUGGCGUAGCAAAUGAAUGGAAAUUACAUCCUAUAUUGCAUCAACUAAAGAACUUUACUUGUUUGUUUGUGGAUUUAAUAAUAAACAUAUAUGCACUGGAAAAGUGACAGAAGCCUUGCACAUAUCAUAAACUGAAUAUUUGUGUGAAUAUUGAUUAUUUGUCGAAUAUAAGUAUUUAUAUUUAUCACAUAACCCCAAGCUGCUUUCCUGAUUCCAUAAAAGUAAAGGUAAUGCACAGCCAUGGUUAUAGUUUAACGUAAUUUGCGAUAUAGAAACAUGGCUUGAAGAAGCACCAAAUGUUUUUUUCACAUUAAACAGUCUUUAUUUUGGGUAUGUUAUAAAUUGAAUAAUAUAUUCAUGUAGGUUCAAUACUGUUUUUAUUGAACAUGUUGAAUAAAUUCAGUAUUGUAAGUACACUCAUCCAAUAUCUUCUAUUUAUGUAUUUAAGUAUAUUGUUACAUGAUAUAAUACAAAAAUGUAUAUGAAAUGAUAUGAAUCACGUAAAAGUUGAAGCACUGGAAAUCAAAGAUUAAAAUGAAUCAAUACAGUAGCUUUGUCUCAAGCCCCUUCAAUCUCAUCUGUGAUAACUAUGAACUUUUGUCACCAGUAUGAAAUCAGGCAAGCCAGGGUCAGAGGUUAUAUAGAAAUCCUCAAAGCUCAAACACAGAUCUCAGGUUUCUGAUUGGUCAGAAACUGCCACAGAAUGUACACUGACCAAUGAAAAUCCUGAGAUUUGAGACACAACUCAGAAAAACGUUUUAUAACCUAGAGGCCAGUCUUAUACUGUCUCUUUUUUAAAUAUUUUGAUACUGAACAUAUUUGGACUGUUCCAAAUUCAAAUGUUGGACAAGUCCAUAAUCCAAAUUUGGUAGGGUUAGGUUGAAAUAGGGACAGUGAUAUGAUCACAUGUUUUUCGUUGUUAUGACAAGAAAUAGAUAAAAGUUUUGAAUGAGUAGAAACUCAUUUUUUUCAAUUGAAAUCCAUCAUGAUAAUUUUCUAUGUUAUAAUGUUGUUUGUGUCUGUAGAUAAAUUGAGCUCAAAUUGGAUACAGAGCUUUGAGGAAUUGUUUGUUUUCUGUGAUAAGUGUGUCUGUCAUGUGUCCACUGUUUCAUCAGAGAAUCUAUUUUUUAGAAUUCAAAGCUAGUUAUAAAAAUAUUAUCAUAUGGAAUGUUUGUAUUGGAUGUUGAUUUUUAUUUUCAUUUUCAUAAUUUUUGAAAUUCAUUCUAAUAUGGCAUAAUGUUAUUAGAAGAAAAUAAGCUUUCAAUUGCUUCUUCUAUCUGAUGCUAGCAAGAUUUGACAGUAAUUUAGAGGUAAAUUAUUUGAAAUAUUACUUGGAAUAUUACUUUGUUGAUCUGAAAAAUAAUUUUGCGGCAGUCAUUUGCAGAAACAUAGCUACUGUUAGUAAGAAUACAUUUCUUGGUUUUAUUCUUCUAAUCCAGUCAAAAGCAAAGAGCAAAAAAGCAGAAAAAGAAAUACAGUUUGUAUGUUGAAAAUAACAGGGUUUUGUUUGUACAGAUAUUUAACAAACUUGAUUUCAAUAAAAAAAUAAA